GUUCCCACCUCCGCCAGCCGCCACCCUUACCCUUCCCCGACAUCACCCAGCCACGUCCAGACCUGCCCACUUGCCUUGCGACCCUACCCAUUUCGCCCCUGACCCCGCCCCCAACCCACCGGCGCUCUAACGCGCUCGGCCACACCCUCAGCCCACUACGGCCCCCGCCCCCCCCCCCCCCCCCCCCCCCCACCCUGGCCGUCGGCUGACAGCGCCCGUGUCUUGCUGUGAACUUUAAUGUUGUUUGCUAUUCUAGCUGGCGGCUUUUCCAUUAACCGCAGCUCCUCCUCUCCGUCUCUCCAUCAGUGGGAGCGCUCGCCGACUGGUUUAAAUGUUUUUUCUGGAGGAGGGUGUUACUCUGUGGAGUGAGUUUUCAGGCUGGAGGCCGCUGCUGCUCGUCAUGUUGCUGGUAGUCGGGGCCUUCAUCGUGGCCUUCGUUCUGCUCCUGUACAUGGUGUCCCCACUCAUCAGCCCCAAGCCCCUCAAGCUCAACGGAUCGCACGUUGUGGUGACGGGGGGAUCAAGUGGUAUUGGGAAAUGUAUUGCUAUUGAGUGCUUCAAGCGUGGUGCUUUUAUAACUCUGGUGGCUCGAGAUGAGGGCAAACUUCUGCGGGCAAAGAAGGAAAUUGAGAAGCAUUCAAUUAAUGAUAAACAGGUAGUAUUGUGUAUAUCUGUUGAUGUUUCGAAAGACUAUGGACAAGUGCAAAGUGUGAUUAAACAAGCACAGGAGAAGCUGGGUCCAGUUGACAUGCUUGUAAACUGUGCUGGCAUAUCUGUUGCGGCAAAGUUUGAAGAUAUUGACAUUGGCUUCUUUGGUAGGUUAAUGGAAAUCAAUUAUCUGGGUAGUGUUUAUCCUACUCGGGCAGUCAUCCAUACCAUGAAGGAAAGGAGAAUGGGGAGGAUCGUGUUUGUGUCAUCCCAGGCUGGCCAACUGGGCUUAUUCGGUUAUACAGCUUAUUCGCCAUCCAAAUUUGCUUUGCGUGGAUUAGCUGAAUCUUUACAAAUGGAGGUGAAGCCAUACAAUAUAUACAUUACAGUUGCUUAUCCUCCUGAUACAGACACACCUGGGUUUCAGGAAGAGAAUAAAGUCAAGCCUUUGGAGACCAAAUUGAUUUCUGAAACGUCAGGACUAUGUCAGCCAGACCAAGUGGCCAAAAUCAUUGUGAAGGAUGCUGUGCAAGGAAACUUUAACAGCUCAGUUGGUUCUGAUGGGUAUAUGCUAUCAUCACUUACCUGUGGUAUGUCUCCUGUCACCACUAUUACAGAGGGUCUUCAGCAGAUUGUUACCAUGGGCCUUUUCCGCACAAUUGCUCUGUUUUACUUGGGAAGCUUUGACAGCAUUGUGCGUCGUUGUAUGAUACAGCAAGAAAAGUGUAUAGGCUUGGAAAAGAAGGAUUAAUCUUGCCUUGAAUUUGGAAGUUAAGGAUCAGACUUUGAAAGAUAAAUAUUGAAGGAAAUGUUUCAGUGAACAGUUAAUUAUUUCUUGCCCCUCCACCCCUUAUCUCUGUGGCAUCAGGUCUUUUGGGUUGGAGUGGGGUCUGGCUGUGUGGUACAAAGAGAAGACCACAAUGGUACGUUAGCAGUAUGACUCUGAUGCCUUGAAUGGAAAUUGCAAUAUAAUUUAUAACCAGCAUUGAUUGGGAGAAGUGCACAUGAAAGGCUAUAAAUCAUAGAAGCAUUUUUUAACGUAUUGUGCUGGCACUAUUUUUGUAAUUGUUCAAUUUAUUCCUCUUCUCUCCCCACCCCAUCCAAAUUAAAUGAGAGAAUUUGGCUUCAUUUAGCCUAUGUCCCCUUGUUUAUUUUUGGUGUUUCAUUCAAAUUGGCAGAGGAAAUUUGUUUUUUUUGCCCUUGUAACUUGUUUCUCUAGCACUGGUUGUGGCACCAUUUGAAAUUGAAUCCUUUGGUAUGUUUUUAAAGAUCUAAUGGGUACAGUAUGUGUAACAGAGGUUGACCAAAUGUUCCAUAGGAUAAUUGCUAAGCACUUAAAUGUGACCCUCCAUAUUGUUUUUGAAUGUCUUCAUUAAAACUGUUAAAGCCUUCACUAGGUUAAUGACCUUUUGACACUAACUGGACAAAGUUUCCAUUUCAAUUCGUUAGAGUUGGAUGAGCAAUUUUUAAUUGUGGUAUGUAAUCUAUUGAAUAAAAUGCUUUACACUCUUUUUCUGUGAAAUAGUCAAACUGUAUCAUAAUGUAGCAUGGCAUUUCUGAAUAAGUAAUAUUUUCCUUUUAAAAUUGCUCACAUUUUGUGUUGACCACUGAUUCUGUAGUCUCAGUAUUUAAUAGUCCCACUGUUGUUGUUUUUCUGUAUGUAUCUCUAGUGUGUUUCCAUAAAAUCUUGUUAAUCCACCAAAAAACUGAUUGAUUGUAAAAUGGAUAAUACCAUAAUUUACACAAUGAAAUACUUGCAUUUGCAUUCACAA